AUUCGAAUAAAUCCCAUGGUUUCAACCAGCUUCUCAUGUUUUCGGCCUAAAAGUUUUCGGUCGCCCUACACUUGCCCAGAUUGACAUCAAGCCUCGCGAUGGAAACCUACCUCCAGUACCGUCGGAUAGGGCGCACGAUCCAGAGGCAGCUCGAGUCCGCCGACGGCGUGUCUGCACGCAACCUGCCAUGCUUGUCCCGGCAGAAGACCAGAGUUGUCAAUGGAGAGUCGAUACUCAUCGUCGAAUGGGACGGGCCAGACGACCCGCUGAACCCCCGCAACUGGUCUCUUUUUCGUCGCCUCUCUGCUACAUUCAUCAUCUCCUCGAUCGCCUUCAUGGUCGGCGCUGCGGCCCCGAUUGACGCAGCCGUUUUGCCCCAAGCCGCGAGAGACCUGGGCGUGAGCGAAGUCACAGAGACACUGGCCGUUGGCAUCUUCCUGAUCGGUUUCGGCGCCGGGGCACUCAUCUGCGGCCCGUUCUCCGAGGUCCUGGGCCGGAGCGGCACAUAUAUGGUCUCCCUCAUUUUCAUGUGCAUUUGGCUGAUGGCGUCGGCCCUGGCGCCCAACAUCGGCGCCCAGAUCGUCUUUCGAUUCCUGGCGGGCUUCAGCGGGGCGUCUCCUCUCGUCUGCGCGGGGGGGUCGGUGUCGGACAUGUUCACCCCCAUCGAGAAGACGUACGUGUUUCCUCUCUUCGCCUUCGGAGGGUUUCUCGGUCCGCCGCUCGGUCCUGUCAUGGCCGCCUGGGUGCCCGGGUCGCCCUACCUUCACACGUGGAGGUGGGCUGAGUGGAUCGCGUUGUUCACCGCCGCGGUCGUCCUGCUUUCGGCGUUUUUCUUCCAGCCAGAGACCUUUCCGCCGCUGUUGCUGAGUUGGAAGGCGAGGCACCUGCGCAGGAUCACCGGCGACAAGCGCUACUAUGCCGAGCACGAGAUUGAGCGCAUCCCGCUCUCGACGCGGCUGAGGGUUGCCCUCCCCAGACCGUUUAUCAUGGCCUUUACCGAGCCGGUGAUUUUCUUAAUCACGCUGUACAUGUCGGUUCUGUACAUCAUCCUCUUCACGUUCUUUGACGGAUACGACUUUAUCUUCCGGGAGACGUACGGCCUUUCCCAGGGGAUGUCGAACACGAUCUUCCUGGGAAUCGCCGUCGGCGUCUGCUUCGGCGGCGCCUGGCUGCCGUGGAUGUACACGAUGACCCAACGGGCCCAGGCGGCCGCCGAAGCGCGGGGCCAGAAGCAGUUCGACCCCGAAAUCCGCCUGUGGUUCGCCAUGCUCGGCGGCGCCCCCGCGAUCCCCGUCUCGCUGCUGUGGAUGGGCUGGACGGCGUACCCCAGCGUCUCGAUCUGGUCGCCGAUCCUCGCCUCGGUCCUCUCCGGCUACGGCACCAUCAUGAUCUUCAUCAGCUGCUACAUGUACAUCAUCGACAGUUACGAGAUGUACGCCGCGAGCGCGCUGACGUUCGCCACGCUGGCUCGAUACAUCAUCGCGGGCGGCAUGACGGUCGCGGGAGUGCCUUUCUACAAGAACCUGGGCGUGCAUUGGACGUUGACCAUUCUGGCGGCGUUGAGUGCCGUGCUCGCCCCGCUGCCGUACGUGUUCUACAAAUAUGGCUAUGUGAUUCGGCGAAAGAGUCGGUUUGCCGUGAGUCGCGCGGCCGAGGACGAGAUCGUGCCCGUCCAGGACGAGUCUUCCGGUUCGUCUGCCGUGACCAUAACGCCGGAGAAGAAUCAAGACCUUGUGGACAGGCCGGUGACGAUUAAAUGAGCCUUUACUGUUGGUUUUGCAGGUGGCUGUUGAUCACAGACCAUGUCUGGUUUGGCAAGCGCUGUUGCUCGGCCAUCGGCCAUCGGCAUAUCUCGAGCGUUUGGGGAAUUAUCACGCGAACAAUAAACAUUUGUCCGACUUCGACAAAGCCGUUGUGCUUCGGAUCCAUGCCGGCUCCGACGGAAAUAUGGGACUCAGACAUCACCAGUGUUUGGACUUAUGGAAACGCCCAAGAGGUAUUUGAUGAGGGAAAGGCCAUGGGAAUUGUAUGUAUUACUAUGCUACGAUGCAGCGCGGGCAGUCUUCUGAGAAGACCAUGAAAACCAUACCAGGACUACGACCUUGAACCAUCUCAAGAACCUGUUUUUACAACCAUGAAUAUUGUUACACCUCUAUAUGGGCUUCAUAUCCUCCAGGUGAGCCCUUUUCGGUUCCUCCAUUCUAUUCAGGACGCAGAACGGAACAAUCAACGACCAGGGCAAGUCUCGAGGCAGAGGAGGAAAGGAGCGGCAAGUCCUUAUCGACACGGUACGCCGCGUGGUGGCAUGCUCGAAAGUGGCUCCCCAUCGUGGUUCAGAAACGCCAUCACAUAUCAACUUCAGGCAAAGGUCUGAAAGACAUGUGAUGUGCCCUCGGGCUAAAGACAGGCAACAGCCGUAAGAGCGCAAUGGACAUCAUGGCGGCUUUACUGUCCCAUUUGAUCCACGCCUAGGCGCAGUGCUGGGCCGUCGGUGCGUGAGAUUCGUGCACGCCCAAACCGUGCGAGUGAUGCCAACUGCACAUGGGCAAUAGGUGGGCCGAACUACCCAGAUCGAUGUCGUGUUGUCAUUCUUCGCUCAGGACGGACGAGGACGGGGCUUCGAGGAGACAGCAUUACACUGCUGCUUGUCCUGCACAUCGAGUUUAAUUGCCCGGUUGAUGCACGGCCGAAGCGAUGUAGGCCGAUAGCUGCGCCUCUUCCUAGUGUCGUUUCUCAACUCGUGCUGCCGCGCAGGAGCGUCACUUCUUAAACAGCUUUUUCUCGACAUACUUCUGGAUGCGCUUGUCGCUCAUGAUGAAUCCCGUGACG